AUGCACAGCGGCAGUGAAUCCGAGGACAGCAGCAUGGAGCCUGAGGAGUUCUCCGACCCCAUCACCCUUUCUCUCAUGGAGGAGGCGAUGAUGGCGGCAGGGUGUGGUCACAGCUUUUCCAAGGCCUCCAUCACCACCUGGCUGCGGCAGAACCAUUCAGUGUGUCCCGUGUGCAAGAGCUCUCUGACCGAGGCGCAGCUGGUCCCCAACUACGCUCUCCGCUCUGCCAUCGAACGUUAUCAAACCAAGCGUGGCCACACCGUCCGCAAGAGCGACAGCGCGCAGACUCCUAUGGGCCUCCUGAUCCGGUCAAGGCGCCACCUGUGUACACCGGCACGUCCACUGGCGCAUCGUACGGGCAAUCGCCUGGGAUCGACGCAGAAGCCGAUGCUCCGCCCCCCGCCCCUGCUGGUGCCGUUCACUCUGCGCCUGGAGGCGGCGACGUGGAAGAAGGUUGCUGCUGCGCCUGGCUGCUGCACCUGCACCUGCGACGGACCCGUCUACUGCUGCAAAACGGCUCGCGAAUGCGAACAGAGGACGGCGUGCCCCAAUUCAUCGUAUCCCUGGUACAAGUCGCUAUCGGGUUUUUUGUGCAUCUACUUCUACGGCACCGACAGUUCCUACAACCGGCGGACGCUGGCCAGCGUGUGCUUGGCGCCGCUCGCGCUCGUCCUCUGCGUGAUUCUGCUGCUCGAGCUGGUCUUCCUGUGCGUGUUCUGGGUGGUGGCGUUCUUCGUGAUCUCGCCCAUCUGGCUGUUCGCGCGGAUCCCCAUCACCAUGCUCUGCCCGCUCUACUUCGACCAACACAUCAAGGACUCCUGCUGGAACAAGACCCCCAAGCGCCUGCCAGAGCCCAAGCUUGAGUGA